UAGGUUGGUGAGAUGAGGAGGAGGCGGAGUGACUAGGCGGCCAUUAGCUGUGUGUAGUUGCCCGGGUCUAGGAGCUUAAGUGAAGGGGGUAGCCUUAUUCGGUGGAAAUCUGCGGUGGUGAUGGGCUCUUGCCAGGGUUAACCCCAGAGCACGGAGCAGGCGGGACCCCUCAGCGCCCUGCCCCGCCCAGUGUCGAGGCCUGCUAGGCCUCGAGGCAUCCUCGGUCUCGAGUAGGCCUCGUUUGCCGGCAAGGGCGCCCCAAAGGCGGGAGGCGCCAUGUCGCUGGUUGCUUACGCCAGCAGCGAUGAGAGCGAGCCAGAUGAGGGCGAACCGGAGCCUGAGGAAGAGGAGGCGGCCGCCCCUACGCCCGGGCCCACCUUGGGAGGCUUGUUCGCUUCCCUCCCCGCACCCAAGGGUCCGGCCUUGCUGCCCCCACCCCCUCAGAUGCUGGCCCCCGCCUUCCCCCCGCCGAUGCUGUUGCCCCCGCCUUCUGGAGACCCUAGACUCCAGCCUCCUCCGCCCUUACCCUUCGGCCUGGGAGGCUUCCCCCCGCCUCCAGGUGUGAGCCCCGCUGAGGCGGCGGGAGUUGGGGAGGGCAUGGGCCUGGGGCUGCCGGGACCCCGAGGCCCCGGCCUCAGUCUGCCCGCUCCUGUCAGCGGUGCCGGCCCCCCUCUGGGGCUUCCCAAGCCAAAGAAGAGGACGGAGCCGGUGAAGAUCGCGGCUCCGGAGCUGCACAAGGGGGAUUCAGAUUCUGAGGAAGAUGAACCCACAAAGAAGAAAAUUGUCCUUCAGGGAUCCGGCGAGGGAACUGGUUUGUCUGCCUUGCUUCCCCAACCUAAAAAUCUGACUGUGAAAGAGACUAACAGGUUGCUCCUGCCCCAUGCCUUCUCCCGGAAACCCUCAGAUGGCCCCCCUGACACCAAGCCCUUCAGACUGGCUUCUAAGACCAAGUCCUCCUCUCUUGCAUCUGUUGUGGGCACCACAACCACCACUCCAUCACCCUCUGCCAUCAAGGCUGCUGCCAAGAGUGCUGCCCUGCAGGUGACAAAGCAGAUUACGCAGGAGGAGGAUGACAGUGAUGAGGAAGUAGCCCCUGAGAACUUUUUCUCCCUUCCCGAGAAGGCCGAGGCACCUGGAGUUGAGCCAUACCUUUACCCUGUCCCUGCUGUCCCUGAAGAGUUGCCUCCAGGCACGGAGCCAGAGCUGGCAUUCCAGGACGAUGCAGCCAAUGCCCCCCUUGAGUUUAAGAUGGCAGCAGGCUCAAGUGGGGCCCCUUGGAUGGCUAAGCCUGGGGAUGACUACAACUACAAUCAGUUUUCUGCAUAUGGCGAUGCCAAUGCCGCUGGUGCUUACUAUCAGGAUUAUUACAGUGGUGGCUAUUAUCCUGCACAGGACCCAGCUCUGGUCCCCUCCCAGGAAAUUGCCCCAGAUGCCUCCUUCAUCGAUGACGAAGCAUUUAAGCGGCUACAAGGCAAGAGGAACCGAGGGAGGGAGGAAAUCAACUUUGUGGAGAUCAAAGGUGAUGACCAGCUAAGUGGGGCCCAACAGUGGAUGACCAAGUCAUUGACAGAAGAGAAGACCAUGAGGUCAUUCAGCAAAAAGAAAGGUGAGCAGCCAACAGGUCAGCAGCGACGGAAACACCAAAUCACGUAUCUGAUUCAUCAGGCUAAAGAGCGGGAGCUGGAACUGAAGAAUACCUGGUCAGAAAACAAGCUCAGUCGCCGCCAGACCCAAGCCAAAUAUGGAUUCUAGUGCUCUGGAAUUGACUGCGCCCAGUUGGUCCGGCCUCCAGCUUCAUCCCUGGGACCCCAUUGCUCUAAGCCCAGGAUCUCCUUCCCUGAGGAACCAGCUCUCGCCUCUGCGAGAAUGAACAUAUUUGAUAGAUUUUUCUUAACGAGUUAGAAAAUUCAGCUCCUCUCUGUGAUAGAGCUGGCAAAGACUUGAGCGCUGCCUCCAAAGGGGCUCUGAGUUCUGGGAUGGGAGUCUUCCCCCUGUUGGGCGUGAUCAAAUGUUGAACUCUUCCCCCAACUUUUUUUUUUUAAAUGAGGGAUAUCUGUUGAAAUAAAACAUUUGGUCUGUCA